AGACACUAGAUGCCAUCGUAGUGUAGUAAGAUAUUUAUGCAAUCGAAAAAAGUGACCUUAAAUUCUGAUUUUCUCCCACGAAGCUUGUUUAGAACUGUGAAAUGCAUUGUAUUUGAGUAAACCUACUUAUUAUUAGUUCUUGGACUUGACAAUACAAAACUCAAAAGGUUGAGGUACAAAUACGAAACCCUGAACGAAAAAACCACACUCGACUGUCAUCGACAAAUCUUCCUUGUCGAUAAGGCUUUGUAUCAGAAUGUCUAGCUACCUCGGAGGCCCACAAAACCUCACUUCUUUCCACAAUGCAUUAGAUGGAUUCAAAAGAAAGCCUUUUGAAGAUACACUUGACAAUGUAAAACGCAGGAAGGCUGACGCUGAUGUGCCUAGUUACGCUGGCACAGGCCUUAAAAGAACGCCAUCCUACGACGCACCUCCCGAUUCUCAAACAGAGGAUGCUCCUGUUAACAAGUAUAUCGCAGAUGUUGAUCAGCAUGAGGAGGAUGAACUGUCAAAGAUUGACUGGUCCAAUGGACGGCGCCGAACGAUUGCAGGACUGCUCACCUGUUUGUACGACAGGAGGAGAGAAAGAGAAUUCACACCACAGGCCAAACCAGUGAAGAAGAAAGUUCGUUUCGUGCGCGAUGAAAAAUUGGUUAAAACUCGAUUUUUUGAAAUGGACGAAGAAGAAAGAGCAAAUGUGUACAAGAACAAAAUUCAGGCGGAACAACUUGGUAUAGACUUGAAGCAGUUAUCGGCGGAAGAAGAACGGAGGAGCUUGGAACAAGCUGCCCAGAACGAAUUAAACCACCAUGUGGAAAGUACCGAUGAAAAUCCCUGGUUUUCACCGCCUCGAAUUGCCCGACUUCCGGCACCUUUGGUUGAACGCGGAUUCGACAGUGUAGAGAAGCUGGUUUUUCAUGCAAGACAAAUGACUACGCUCUCCGCACUGUAUCUUAACAGAGAAAACCUCCCAGAUAGUCCAGAAGAGCCAACUGAAUCUCUGCCGACAUCAAGUGUAAAACAUGUCCUGCUAGUGAGGCCAGGGAUGAACAUGAAACAGCCACUGCCCGCCGAAAUAAUCCCUAGCGGCCCCUUACCGGAAGUGCCUGAGUUACCUCCAGCACCAGCUCCGGUUACACCUACCUUUACCGUUCAGCCAGUCACUGCAGCAGCUCCGGUGAAUAGCACGUCGCACAAUACGUUUCCGGUCGGUCAGUUGCUUCCGCCGAAUGGUCUAGCGUUGCCGGCAGAUCCAGUUUCCAGACCUGCACAGCUUGUUGCUCCGAUGUCAGCACCAAAGUCCACAGGAUUUGGAGAUAUUGCUCAUUCAUCUUCCGCAGUUCCAUCCUUUGCACCCUCUAGGCCUUCUUUUCUACCGGCGCCAAUAGAUGCUUCCUUUCGCGCACAAGGAAGCGGAAAUUCUGCCUUCCAGCCGUCGUUUAACGGAAUUCCACAGUAUCAAGUUGCCGGUGGACGAACGGACGGAUACAGCCCGAUUGCACCGGCGCCCCUGCCCUCUGCACCGUCCACUCGACAACCCGAUUAUCGUCCUGCCUUCCCUGCCCACAAUGUUCGCCACAAUGGGCCUGCUCCCCCCGUCCGGCAUGAUACUAACGGUUUUCGACCACAUGCCGGCGAUUUCGGUAGCCGUGGUCCACAGCAACGGCCGCCUGCGCGAGUGUGCCAAUAUCAACAUUUGCCCGGAGGUUGCCGGAAUGGAAAUGCCUGCCGCUUCCUACAUGUCUCCUCGAAACCGUAACCUUGGCAGCUUCUUGCGUUAUUAUUCUGGUGCAUGAGUUUGUUCACUUGUUUGGUGACGUACGGUGGGGUUUGGCAUUUGUUGGUGUCAAUAUGGACGAUGAGAUUUCGUUAUUUUCCUAGGGUGACCAGUGCUAUCGUCUAGCUAACACUAUGGUUUUUGAAUCUAAGCAAUCUAAUUUUAUAAAAGGACGAACAUGUGGUACCUUGAUUUCACAAAUGUUUGAACUGCCUGGUACGAUUCUGAUGGUAUCGUAUUAAUAUCAUGAUUAUUAUUAAUUUUGGAAAUACUACCAUACCGUAAUUUACUGAACUUGAUAAACUG